UGUGUUUUCGGUGAGGGAGGGGACGGUUGCAUGUUGGUUGUUGUAGUAACAGGAGAAGCGCCGGCAGGGAGGAGCCGCGGCUAUCGGGCCCUAAGGGAGAUGAAGCAGCAGGAAACAGCACUGUCUAAAUUUACUGAUUCUACAGCAAAGAGUUUGAAAGGCCACCAUUUCUGGGCUGUAUGAAAACGUCUACAGGAAAUGCCAGUUAGAAUGGCUCGGGACUUGGAAGAAACAGACUCGUCCUCAGAAGAAGAGGAAGAGGUGGAUGGACCAGAGGAGCACCCAUGUAUCAUGUGGACAGGUGGAUUCAGAAGGAUCCCAAUCCUGGUAUUUCAUGCAGAAGCUAUUCUAACCAAGGACAGUUAUAUCCGUUUGAUUGGGGAGCGCUAUCGCUUGUCUUUUAAAAUUGUGAGAACAGAUAGUCGCCUGGUGCGCAGCAUUUUGUCAGCUCAUGGAUUCCGUGAGGUGCACCCAAGCAGCAAUGAAUAUAAUCUUAUGUGGACAGGGUCCCAUCUGAAGCCCUACAUUCUACGAACCCUCACAGAUAUUCAAAAGGUCAAUCACUUUCCCAGAUCAUAUGAAUUAACUCGAAAGGACAGGUUGUACAAGAACAUCAAUCGAAUGCAACAAGCCUAUGGAUUCAAGACUUUCCAUGUUCUGCCUCAGACCUUCAUCCUUCCAGCUGAAUACCAAGAGUUUUGCAAUUCCUAUUCAAAGGACAGGGGUCCCUGGAUAGUGAAACCUGUGGCAUCUUCUAGGGGGCGAGGUGUCUAUUUGAUCAACAAUCCAAAUCAGAUUUCCCUUGAAGAGAACAUCCUGGUCUCUCGUUAUAUCAACAACCCUCUCCUCAUAGAUGACUUCAAAUUUGAUGUGCGGCUUUAUGUUUUGGUGACAUCCUAUGACCCACUUAUUAUCUACCUCUAUGAGGAAGGUCUGGCCAGGUUUGCAACUGUGAGAUAUGACCAGGGAUCAAAGAAUAUUAAAAACCAGUUCAUGCAUCUGACAAACUACAGUGUCAAUAAGAAGAGUGGUGACUAUGUCAGUUGUGAUGAUCCUGAAGUGGAGGAUUAUGGAAACAAGUGGAGCAUGAGUGCAAUGCUGAGAUAUCUGAAACAGGAAGGGAGAGAUACCACAUCUCUGAUGGCCAGUGUGGAGGAUCUAAUCAUUAAGACAAUUGUUUCUGCUGAACUGGCCAUUGCAGCAGCCUGUAAAGCCUUUGUCCCACACCGUGGUGUUUGCUUUGAGCUUUAUGGCUUUGAUGUCCUCAUUGAUUCUACUCUCAAGCCUUGGCUCUUGGAAGUUAAUCUGUCACCUUCCCUGGCCUGUGAUGCUCCUUUGGAUCUGAAGAUUAAAGCUAGUAUGAUUUCAGACAUGUUCACACUUGUAGGCUUUGUUUGUCAGGAUCCAGGUCAGCGAUUAAACCGAACAAGUUAUUAUCCCUCUGAUGGAAGGAGAAAUCCCUACCAAAAGCUCCAACGCCCUGUCUCUGCACAGUCCCGAUCAACAAAUGCCAAGUUGCGUUCUCGUCCGCUUUCUGCCAGUGAUGCUGAGAUGAAAAACCUUAUGCCCUCAGCAAAGGAAAAAGGAACAUCAGGAAGGCAUGUUGGCUCUAUGCUGGGCCUUUCCAUGGAGGAGAUAAAAGUUUUGCGUAGAGUGAAGGAUGAAUAUGAAAGAAGAGGGGGAUUCAUUCGCAUAUUCCCUACACCACUAACCUGGGAGAUAUAUGGAUCCUAUCUGGAACACAAGACAACAAUGAACUAUAUGUUGGCCACUCGCCUUUUCAAUGAAAGAGGAGGGUCAAGGAAAGCUCCAAUUCCUAGACGAACUCGUUUAUCCCUUUCUGGAGAACUGGAUCUGGAUAUUAUGGAUGGUAAUGCUCAGCUUCAUGCCACUUUGUAUGAGCGGAAACUCCUGUCACUAGAGGUACGGAAACGAAGGCGACAUCUUGGCAAACUGAGACAUGGACGGGCAAGGCUGUCAGGGACUUCACAGUCAACUGAUUUUGUACUCAAGUCAGAAAUGGAAGAUGAAGAAGAAGAGGAGACUGCAGAGGAAGAUGAUGAACUGGAGAUACCUCAGGGUGAAACAGCUGGCUGUCUUCGAAAUAUGCAGGUGAAGUUUAAGCCACAGUUGUCAGAGCAGGUGGAGACAGCCCACCAAGGCAAAUUGCUGAAGGAGAAACAUGCAGGGCUGCCAGUUCAAGACAAAAUGGAGCCAACAUUGAAAGAUGCUGAUCCUCCCUUCAAUUUGCUACAAAUUCUUCAAAAAAAUAAGAAUCUAAGCAAAGUUCAGGCUCGCAGGGCUUUCUCAGCAUACCUGCAGCGUGUCCAGCUGCGCCUGAUGAAAGAGGCUGGGGAUCAGGUCCAUAAUCCUGCCUGGGCUGCCAAGGAGGAUGAGCAGAUGGAGCUGGUGGUUCGCUUUUUGAAGCGAGCAGCCAAUAAUCUUCAGCAGUCUUUGAGGAUGCUGCUCCCAAGUCGGCGCCUGGCCCUGUAUGACCGUAGGCGCAUCUUGGCUCACCAGCUGGGUGAAUUCAUCAUCUGUUACAACAGGGAAACCGAUCAAAUGGCUCAGAAAAAGUUGACAAAGAAACAGGAAGAGGAAGAGGAAGAAGAAGGGGUAGAUGCUGAAGGCUUUCAUGAAUUUGUUACUAAGGCAAGUGAAAGUGAUCUGGAGGAGGUGUUGACAUUUUACACACACAAGAAUAAAUCAGCAAGUGUCUUCCUGGGAACAUGCUGUGGAGGUUCAAAGCACAGUAAUAGCCAAAUGGAAAGCAGGGCAAAAGAGAAUCACCUGGAAAUUAUGGAAGGAAUGGAAAAACAGCAGCCCCAAAUUCCAGUGGAUAAAGAGAAUGUGACAGAGGAGCUGAGCGCUGACCAACCCAAAAGGACUAGACUAACCAGAGUUUCUUCAACUGAAGAUGAAGCAAGUACACCACAACUCAACAUGCACAAUGUUUCUUCCUCUGUUCCUAGUGCCAUCUUUCCACAAAGCAUCAGUUGUCAGCUGUCCUCUCAGGCAACUGUUGCUGAUAAUCCACCGGUGCUUGAACAUCACUCAGUCCUUUCUCUUCCUUCUGGUUCUAGACUGGCUCCUUCCCCUUCUUUCCAAAGCACAACACCAGACAACUGUUCCAGUACAGCAAAAAAUGCACCCCGCCUGUUCUCAAACAGUGCAGGCUUACACCGUUGUCGGUCUGGCAGUUAUACUGUUAGCCCCUUCUCUUCCUUUCAGAGUGCUAUGCAAAUCUACAGCCAGAGAAUGACCCGGCCAUCUUCUGCAAAAGCAGCAGGUUCAAGGAGUCACAGCCCAAGCAGACAGCGUGGUGCAUCUGCCAAAGUGAAUAAGGAUGGGGAAGAUGGCAGGCAUUACAGUCAUGGUAUUGUUGCAGCAGAACUGCAGAGACUGGCGGAGAAACAGGCAGCCAGACAGUACUCUCCACCCAGUCACAUCAGUCUCCUUACCCAGCAGUUAACAAAUUUAAAUCUGAUGAGUGGAGCUGUAAGCAGAAUAAAUGCAGCUUCUUCUGGUUUUCGACCACCGCUCAACCCAGGAAGUUCACUUUGGGCUUUUCAAACACACACACAAACCACUGACAUCAGACCUGUACCUUUGACAGUCAGGACCCUGGAUACAGACAGCUUUGCCUGGGAAGGGGAUGUGGAGAAUAACAUACAUAGCAAGAUAAUAGGAAGCCAACCACUGCAUCCUAAGGCCUCACCAAGUGCUGGCAGCUAUCAACUCCAUUUUGCCCUACAGCAGCUGCAACAGCAGAAGCUUCAGUCUCGACAGCUUUUGGACCAGAGCCGAGCCCGGCACCAGGCUCUGUUUGCUAACUUCCCAACAUCCAGCAUCAGCUCUAUGGCCCUGUCAUCUGGUUCCAGUGCCCGCAAAACAUCAAGUACCAUUUGCAGCAACCAGAAGGCACUUAGCCUGCACAAGGUGAUGCCAUCCCAGAGUGCAUCUUCACACUUGGUUCCUAAGCCCCCAGCCAGCCACAAACAGUCAGUUAUCAGGAAGGUAGCAUCUCAGAGGAUUUCCAAAGCAAUCUCCACAGAAAGGCACCUGAAUGGAUUCCAGAAGAGCCUUAAUGGUGCUGCGUCCUGUGAGCCACUCACCAACUCUGCAGGUCUUUUGGAAACUGGCUCCCAGGUUAUAUUUGCCAGAACUAGACCUUUGUCCAGCCGAAGCAAAGUGAUUGAAACAAUUGUAGGGCAAAGAAAGAAAAAGCCAGUGGAGGGAGGGCCAGCUUAAGCUCCUGCUUGCACUUCCUUUCUGAAGUAAAGGAUUCUUCCUAAAUAAUGGGUGAACCACCAAUUCAAUGCUUCAACCUGCAAGGAGAAGAUGAAGCAGGAAUGACUGUUCAUUAUUCCUCACUCCUGCCGACACCCAGAUUGACAGCAUGACCUGUUGCACACUCCAGAAUUUUCUCCAAGGACAGGAAAACAGUUUAUGGAAGUGGUUUUGGAGCCUGGACAUGAGACUUUCUGCUUCCUCUGAGCUUUUGCUGCUUAAGCUUCAGGACUUUCUUUUCAUCUUGCAUCACAUCAUCUUCCAUUAGAUUGCCUGCAAAUUGUGGUUUUGACUCGUGUAAAACAAACAUUCACCAUUGUCUCUGUAUUAUGUAUUUCAAGGCCCAAGUUUCUUCAUCCACAAAGUCAUUUCAGUUCAUCCUAAGAACAACCAAGGUUCUCUACCAGAUACUGGGCAAAGUUCAUACCAUAUGACCACAGUUGGCACAAGAGCUUAAAAGUGCUGAUUGACUAUAGACACUUAUGCUGGCUGCCAUCUUGGAUUUUGGCAGAAAGCCAUAGAAUGGCUUAGUCUGAAUAAAGUCAUUCAUUGUGUUUGUUUAGCUUAUAAUUUAAAUUUUUCUACUGAGUAACAUUCUUCCAAUUAGUUGACAUUUAAUUUUAUUCCAGUGGGAGUCUUUUAAAAAUGUGUGUUUUGUUGGUUUUCCCCACAUUUAUUUACAUUAUAUAAGACGCUUUUCUAAAGAAGAUGACACUCCAAGAUCCAGUUGGACCCAGCAGUUGGAUUCUGUCACUUCUGAUUAGUGAUAUAAGCAUAGGUACAGUUGACUUCAUUAUUCAGAGUUUCUGUAGCAUCAUUUAACAUUCUAAACACUUCGUGCUUAUUCUUCUGUGGGGUAAGUUAGGUUUAGCGAGAGUGACUUGCAAAAUGAACAAAUAAAAUCCUCUCUCCCUCACUGAACAGGAAUUUGUUCCUGUUCAUUCAUACAGAAACCCAGUGCUCUUUUUAUGAUCCUGUCCCAACAAAGCAGCAUAGGGAUAUAUAUGUCAAAUCUGAAGUGGCUUUCACUGGGCUAGGCGGGGCUUAUCCCCAGGUGUUUAUCAGAUGGCAGCUAAAUGUCUGAUGCCUACUU